AACCUAUCUUUUUUCUUUCGGACCGUCUCUUUUUAUAGUUGAUGCGAGGAAGCAACAUCUGGGUUUCAGAAUUGGUUAUAAAGGCAUCGAACUCAUUAAAAUAACUAAAAAUUAAACAACAUUUAAGUGAAUUUAUAUAGUCCCGGUAUAACAUAUUUCAGAAAAAAAUGACUAAAUACGAGCACGUUCAAGAUAUCUGGUUAACUAAAAAGAUCUAUGAAGAUGCAGAAAAUGCCCAUUACGAAGGCUUGGCCAAAGCAGCCUUAACACCGUUAGCUGGAGAAGUAGCCAAAGCUCGUCAAAAGUUAAUUGAAAGUAGGGACACUUUUACUACUGCUGUCGCAUCAAUCGACACUGGAGCCAUAAAAUUUAUGGAAAAGAAGGUUGUAGAAUUUGAAAAAUCAAUGAAUGAUGUUUUAAGCCAUUUGAAAUCGUUAGACGACCGUAUUUCUUCUAUAGAACGACAUAUCCAUCAAUCAAAAUCUAUUCAUGAAAUAGACAUAGCUGCAGCUCCUCAGCAAGAAGAAGAGGAAGAUGAUGGAGUAGAUCUUUUUGCUUCCGAUUCAGAAGAAGAAAGUGAAGCAGUUGCUAAAGUUAGAGAAGAAAGACUUGCUGCUUAUGCCGCAAAAAAAUCAAACAAACCGCAAUUAAUAGCAAAAUCCAAUGUAAUCCUAGACAUAAAACCUUGGGAUGAUGAAACGGAUAUGACAAAAAUGGAAGAGCACGUACGAAAAAUCAAAUGUGACGGAUUGUUGUGGGGCGCAGCCAAGUUGGUUCCUUUGGCUUAUGGCAUCCAUAAAUUGCAAAUUUCUUGUGUAGUAGAAGAUGAGAAGGUGUCAAUUGAUUGGUUAACAGAAAAAUUACAAGAAAUUGAAGAUUAUAUUCAAAGUGUGGACAUCGCAGCCUUCAACAAAAUAUAAUAAAUAAAGAGUGUCAUGUUUCAUAUUAAUUUUUAUAAAUUUUGUCUUUAUUUUUUGUCAACUUUUAC